GAAGAGAGAAACUUUGCUGCUGAAACUGGCAGAGCAGCCACAAAUCCUUGGGAAUGGAAGGGGCGGCUUGACUGAGCUGCUCCCCGUGAGAUUCCAUAAGGAAGCCCUACUGCUCUUUUCCAGUUAGUAAGAUUCCUGCUCUGGCAUCCCCCUGUGAAGGAGGAUUUGUGGGGCUCUGGCUUCGCCCCUGCUGUGAGCAGCAUUUCCCUUCCUGCGGGGAGCCCUGGUGCCUGCCCAGGCUGAGGGAGCCCUCCUGUCCCACAGGGCUCUGCAGGGAUCACCCACCCCUGUCCCCAGCAGGGACACCCACAGAGCUGCUGCUCCGCCGGGCUGGGGCUGCUUUUCCCCAUUUCACCUGUUCCCAGGGCAUAAACCUGCAGCUGGGGCAAGAAGCAGGGGCAGGCGUUUGGGGUUAACUCCUGAAGGAUGAAUUUUGGGAGCACCAGCGGUGGGGGCACAUCACUGGGUUCUUCUCAUGGCGCCUGCGGUCGGGCAGAUAAGCAGCAGCUUGUCCGGACUUCUCCUUCCUGCCUUCCCUCUGCUGCUCCCUCUCCCAACCGGGAUUCCUUCUCCUCCUCACCCCGCGGCAGCCGCAUCCUCCGGGACUCCGCUCAGGCAGGGGCUGUGCCUGUGGGCUCUGCCGGAGUGCGGAGCUUCACCUGCACGAAGGUAAUUCCCUUCGGGGGUGUCUCUCCGGGGAUUUGUCCGUCCGUCCAGCUGCAGUGGAGCUGCUCAGUCCUGCCAGGAGCUCACGACUGGCAGCGCUGCUGCUCCUCCUUCGCUCCAGAUGCGGCAGAGGCACAGGAGCUGUCCCUGGCACACGGAGAUGCUCUCAGCUGUCACAGACAAGGUGUCACCUGUGCCCUCCCCAGCCGGGCUGUCCCAGGGGAGCAGGAUGGGACUUAAAAAAAUACCCUAUAUUGCAUUUAUUUUACUCUGCCAGAGGGCAGGGUUAGAUGAGAUACUGGGAAGGAAUUCUUCCCUGUGAGGGUGGGGAGGCCCUGGCCCAGGUUGCCCAGAGAAGCUGUGGCUGCCCCAUCCCUGGAAGUGUCCAAGACCAGGUUGGACAGGGCCUGGAGCAACCUGGGAUAGUGGAAGGUGUCCCUGCCCACGGCAGGGGGUGGGACUGGAUGGGCUUUAACAUCUCUUCCAACCCAAACCAGCUUGGGAUGCUGUGAUGUAGCUGAAUUUCCUUUUUGUUGUGCCCUUCUGACGAGCUCCAAACAACUGUUUUAUAUUUAUUUCCUUCUUAAAUUUAUGUAACUUUCUAAAUGCCUCAGGGAAUUGAAAUUGAAAACCCGGCCAAAAAGAACCAGCCCCAGGGGCUGGGGUUGGCCAGCACUGUGCUGGGGCUGACACGGGAGACCUGUCCCGUUCCCGGGUGUCUCACCCUCAUCCCUGGAGACUUCCAGGCAUGUAUUUUUCAUUCCUGCCUCAAGCCCUCUUUGGGGAGGCUCCAUUCACAGCCUGUACUCCGCCCUCGGCUCUGUUUUCCAUCUGCUGCUGUCGUUGCUCUUUGGACUGUGCUGGGCUGUGCCGGGUGCCAGGCCUGUGGCACAGGAGGCACCGGGCUGGAGGCACUCAGGUCAGUGUGGGGUGAGGAUCCACAUCCCUGUAUGGGCUCUUCUGGAGGCUGCACACAACAGGGAGGGCUCCCCAAAGGUGUGGGAGAGGGGAUGGGGUGUUGGCGCGGGGCUGUGGGCUGUGGUCCAGCUUGUGCUGGGGGUAAAAGGGAGAUCUGGUGACGUGCAGUUGUGAUUUACAAGAGGUGAAUCAUAGAAUCAUGGAAUUGUUUGUCUUGGGAGGGACCUCAAAGCUCAUCUUGUUCCAUGCAGGCACACCUUCCACUGCCCCAGGUUGCUCCAAGCCCUGUUCAACCUGGCCUUAGACACUUGCAGGGAUGGGGCAGCCACAGUUUGUGCCUCAUAUAUCUUUCAGGGAAGAAUUUCUCCCUAAUAUCCAGUCUAAAUCUCUUCCUUUAAUGCCUCCAAGGCCCUUGCUUGGAAAGUCAAAGUGGGGUGGUGUGUCCAGGGCACCUGCAGCCCCACUGGCUCUUCAGAGAGGUGAUGGAGGGACAAGUGUCUCCUGCAGAGACUCCCUGGGCUGUUUCCAGCAGCUUCUCUCCAAAAGCUGGCAUCCCUGCCGUGUGCUCCUGACUCUUUUAUUUCACAUAUGUGUGUUUUCCAGAGGACCUUUGUCUCAGCUGCUGUGCCAGGCCCCUGGGAUGCAGCCCGUGGCCCUGCAGAGCCUGUCGGAGCUGGAAAGGGCCAGUCUGCAGGAGCUCGCCCUGUACCGGCUGCAGGAGAAGCUGCUCGUGGGGGAUUUCAGCCUGGACAGAGAUGGACCCAAAGGCAGUAAAUCCAUCCGGCAGAAGCUGGAGAGCUUCUCAAAGGAGAGGAAAGACUGCUCUCCUCACACCUUCGGGAUCCCGCUCUCCCAGGUCAUUGCCAAUGACCGCACCCACCGGCAGCUCCAGGAAGCCGUGGGGAAGAGUCGCCGGCUCUGCCUGGAGGUGGAGGCCACGGUGACCAGGUUUCGGGCUCAGAGGCAGAAGAAAUCUGGGAUGGGCCCAAGCUGUGUCCGAGCACCUGAUGGGGGCUUCCCAGAGGAGCCACUUUCCCCAGCUCUUCCGGACAAGAGCUUCUGGAGCCAGCGAAGGGGGGCCAUGUCUGUGGAUUCCAUCGCCGACCUGAGUGACAACGUGUCCAAGCUGCUGGAGGCACUGCAGCUCUCACACCCCCACGAACUGGACCCACGGAGAGUCCUGGGCAAGAAGAAGAUGCUGAGCCUCAACCCCAUCACCUGGCAGGUCCCACGGAUCGUGGAGAGGUGCUGCACACACAUUGAGACGCAUGGUCUCCAAACAGUGGGAAUCUUCCGUGUUGGGAGCUCCAAGAAAAGAGUUCAGCAGCUGAGGGAGGAGUUUGACCAGGGGCUGGAUGUUUUUUUGGAUGAGCAUCAAAGUGUUCAUGAUGUGGCUGCUCUGCUCAAAGAGUUUCUUCGGGAUAUGCCGGAUUCCCUGAUUCCCAGAGAGCUCUAUGGAGCCUUCCUCAGCACAGCCACCAUGGAGGGGCCAGCACAGCUGGAUGCCCUCCAGCUGCUUCUCUUCCUGCUGCCCCCCUGCCACAGCGACACCCUGCACCGGCUCCUGCGCUUCCUCGGAGAGGUGGCCCGGCACGCCGAGCACUCCUGGGAUGCUGAUGGCCAGGAGGUUCCUGGGAAUAAAAUGACAGUUUCAAACCUGGCCACAGUCUUUGGUCCCAACAUCCUGCAGAAGGAGAAGCCUGGAGAGAAAGACGCUGGUGCCCUGAACUUUGAGGACAGCGCUGCCAUAAUCCUGGUGCUCCAGAGGCUGAUCGAGCACCACCAGGCCCUGUUCUUGGUGUCUCCAGAGAUGCAGUGUGACAUCCUGAGGAGGCUGUUCCAGACAGAUCCCGAUGUCAUUGACUACCUGCUGCGCAGGAAGUUUCCUGCCGUGCCGCAGCUGGAGCAUGAGGGUUCUGCAGAGGGCCACUCUCCCUCCGCACUGCCCGGCUGGACACGCAGCCUGGAGAGCAGCUCGGUCUCCUCGGAGCUCUACAGCAACGUCUCAUUCCUAAACCUGCACGUUGGCAUCUAGUGAGCCCUGGCCAGGCCCUCUGGACAAACUGGGCAGCCUUUCCCAGCAAAAACCAGUCCUCUGCCCCACUUCGGGGGAAAGCCCUGUGCCUGUGCCGUGGGGGUGCGUGUGUGGGGCAGAGCUGUGCUCGGCAGCCACUAGCAUGGGCUGUCACCUCCUUGCAGGUCCAAAGCACUGCUGUGCCCCUGGCACAGUCCUGCCUCUGCCAUCUGCUUCAUCGGAGUUUGGGGAAUGAGAUUCCCAUCCCCAGAGCUGAGGGGACUGGAGCGUCCAUCUUUCGAGGGAAGGCUGAGGGAGCUGGGACUGUUCAGCCUGGAGAAGAGACAACUUGUCCCCCAAAGGGACCUUAUGGAUGUAUCUAAGUGCUUUUGUAAGGGCCUGGAGUGACAGGACAAGGGGGAAUGGCUUCCCACUGCCAGAGGGCAGGGUUAGAUGGGAUAUUGGGAACAAAUUCUUCAUUGCGAGGAUGGUAAGGCCCUGGCACAGGUUGCUCAGAGAAGUUGCCAUGGGCAAAGGCAUCUUCCACUGGACCAGGUUGCUUCCAAGACUCCAUCUAGCCUGGUCCUGAACACUUCCAGGGAUGGGGCAGCCCCGGCAGAGGGAUGAAAGAGUACUUUUGUGAACAAAACCAGGCUGGAGUGUCUGGUGGAACAGCAGCACGGGGAGGGAUGGGGAUGUUUAAAGGACCAAAGCUCCAUCAGUGCUUUGCUCCAUGAGGGUUUUCCUACAUUCACAUCCAGAGUUGGUCCAUGGAUGAUGGUCCAUGAUUCUAGAUCAUCUUCAAGGUCCCUUCCAACCCAAAACAUUCUGUGAGAGGUGGAAUGGGGAAUCGCAGCCAGGGCCAGCUCUCCAGGAAGCUUUGGGCUGGUGGGAUGCUCCCAUGUGUCAUAGCUUUGGGCACAUCUUGUAGUACUGAGAGGAUGAUGAAGGGCUGGAUGACCCUUUCCUUGCUGCUGGCCUGAGGGGGAGGAUGGAUUCAUAUUCCAUAUUCUGCCACAGCCUGUGCCCAGUACUGGUCUAAAGGCACCAGAGUCUCGGGGCUGGGCUCUUAUUUUGCAAAGGUCCCUUCCCUGAGGAUGGGUACAGUUGGGAUGGGUGGGGAAGUAUUUCCUGGAGGAGUGUGUGCUGUGAGAUAGCUGGUGAGACCUCCCUGGUCUCUGGUCUCUGAUAAGCCCCAGAGACCAGCAGUGCUGUCGAGUCUGUGGGAGUGGAUAAGCUCGGGACACCAUGGGGCUGCUGAAGGUUCCUGAGGUCACCAGCACACCCGAGUGUCCACUGUGAAACCAACACCAUGUCCAGCGGCUGGGCUGGGUGGGAUUGUACCUGCUGCAAGAGCAGCCCCUCUGGGGACCUUCCAAAUUCCUUCUUAGGGUGGUAAAACGAUGGCACAGGUUGCCCAGAGAAGCUGUGGCUGCUCCAUCCCCAGAAGUGUUCCAGCCAAGCUGGACAGGGCUCAGAGCAACCUGGGACAGUGGAAGGUGUCCCUGUCCAUGGCAGGGGUUGUAACUGGAUGGGUUUUAAGGUCCCUUCCAACCCACAUCAUUCCUGACUCCGUGAUUCUGUGGAUGAGACAGGGAUGCUGACACAUGAGGCAGCUCUUUGCAGGAAAAGUCGUGUUGAAGUUCACUUUCCCAGCGCCACAGAGGGGGCAGGGAGGGCAUGUGGGGCUCGCUGGGAAGCGCCAUCUUUCUCCUUUUGCUACCAAAACUAUAAAAAUCACUGUAGGGUGUUUCUCCCGCCACAUCAGAAGCCUAAAACUGCUCAGUGCCGGUGGGAUAUUGCUGGAAACUCCACUUGAGGGCAGCCCAACACCGGCCUGCCCACAGCCUCCCUGAGCUGCACGGACACUCCUCCGCCUGAAGGAGCAGCCGGCUGGCGCUGCUGGAACACACCAGCGCUUGCUUAGAGCUGCUCUCUUUCAGCCUCACAAAAUAAACCCCGUCCCCGAUCAGUUGCAAAGCUCA